CACAAAUCACUACACUACCUCCCAGACUCUGGCAUUUCAUAUCUCGGUAUAGUGCGGUUUUGCAUGUUCAGUGUGAGUGUGGAAGAGUGGUCUUCAAUAUGGCACUCACGAAUGAAAAAGUGCAAACGUAUGGCACUGAAACUACUGUGAAUGAAAGCACCGAAACGCACCCGGGAUGGAUGUUUUGGAAGAAACGAAGAUAUGUUGUAGCAACUUUAGCUUUCUUCGGCUUUUUCAACGUCUACGCCCUUCGGGUGAACCUAAGCAUAGCCAUAGUAGCAAUGACAGAAAACAAAUCAAUCACACUAGACAAUGGUACAAUUAUUUAUGGGCCAGAAUUUGACUGGGAUUCGAAAAUCCAAGGCUACAUCCUCAGCUCGUUUUUUUAUGGGUACAUCACGACCCAGUUAUUUGGCGGCUGGUUGUCUGCAAGAAUCGGCGGGAAACGCGUUUUCGGGGGAGGAAUUGCCAUCACAGCUGCGUUAACUCUAAUAACCCCAUGGUUGGCUAAAGUCAACGUUUACCUGCUGUUAGCGGUUCGAAUAAUCGAGGGGAUUUUCGAGGGGGUUACGUACCCCUGCAUUCACGCCGUUUGGGCCCGAUGGGCACCUCCCUUAGAGCGGACAAGACUGGCAACUUUGGCCUUUUCUGGGAGCUAUGUAGGGACGGUGGUUUCAAUGCCCGUCUGUGCCUAUUUGGCCAAGGCGUUAGGUUGGCCCAGCAUUUUUUACUUUUUUGGAACACUUGGUCUCAUCUGGUUCGGUAUCUGGUGGGUGGUCGUGGCCGAGACCCCAGCUGAAGAUUCCAAAAUCACGAAAGCAGAAUUGAAAUAUAUCAAAGAAUCGUUGGGUCAUUCUGAUGGUAAUAGGAGAAUUACACACCCAUGGAAGGAAAUUCUGCUUUCGAUGCCCGUGUGGGCUAUAGUUGUGUCGCACUUUAGCGAAAAUUGGGGCUUUUACACACUUUUAACCCAACUGCCGAAGUUUAUGAAGGAAAUUCUCAAUUUCGAGUUGGGCAAAACUGGGUUUAUGUCGGCGUUACCUUACUUGGCAAUGUCCAUUAUGAUACAAUUUUCGGGGCAUUUGGCCGAUUGGUUGCAAGAGAAGGGGAUUUUGAAUACGACUCAAGUGAGAAAACUGUUCAACUGUGGGGCCUUUAUUGCCCAAACUGUUUUCAUGUUGGGAGCGGCGUUUUGGCUAACACCUGCAGGAACAAUCAGUUGUUUGACGUUGGCUGUUGGGUUGGGUGGGUUUGCUUGGUCUGGGUUCAGUGUGAAUUAUUUGGACGUGGCGCCGCAACAUGCCAGUGUUUUAAUGGGUUUGGGGAACACAGUGGGGACUUUACCUGGGAUUUUGAGUCCUAUUAUAUCAGGAUAUGUCGUGACGACUCCCACUGCCCAAGAGUGGCAAAUUAUUUUUUAUAUAGCCAGUGGUGUUUAUCUGUUUGGAUGCGUGUUUUAUGGUGUGUUUGCGUCCGGUGAGGUCCAGCCGUGGGCUAUUCAGAAGGAAGAAGGCAAAGGUACGCCGAUGAAAGAACGAGAGACGAAGGGUCAUGAUAACAAAUCUUUUGAGCCAGAUUUAUAAUUAGUGCAAUUUUAGUGACAAUUUAGUAAUUAAUGUGAUAUUUUAGGCUAGACUUUUGUAGAGAAUACUCUCCUUGCAAUCUUUUUAACCAAAUAAUGUAACAGUUUAGAGAAUUGAAUAAAAAAAAUUGAAACAAA